UAGUUAAAUUUCAAUUUCAAAGAACAUCUUUGCUUUUUCUUUUAAUUCUGCAUUUUGAGGAUCAAUACAAAGCUUUGAUUGUCAUCGGGCUGGGCUCAAUAAGAGUUUAAAAUUGAUUUUAUCCUUGAAUACCAGUUAAUCCGAUUUUAAUGGUAAUCAGGUGAUGCACUGUAUGAAGUACUUUUAGUUUGAUGCUCCAUUACCGGUGUUUAUGUCAAGAACCUGAAAAUCUGUUUUAAGUAAGGAUUAAUUUAACAGUUAAAUAAGUAAUUCCAAUGAUAAUAAUAUUGAUAGCAACAAUUAUGGAAGAAGAAACUUGAAAUUGUCGAGUUAAUUGAACCCAUGAAUGGAUUUCCUCUUUCAUCAACAGCAACUAAAGACGGAUUACUUUUAUUUAUAGCUCAUAGGCUUUUCACUAGCUUCUGAUGGUCAAUCAUUCAUACCAAGCCAUUUGAUCAUAUGUGAACACAUACAAUAUGAUCAAUCACAAUCAAUUUUCAUGAUUGUAUUAAUUUACAGUUUUAGCUUUCACUCAAAAAUAUCAAUUCUGGCAAACCAGAAAUGAAAAGUUGUUAUACCUGUCUCUAAAUCAAGAUGUUAACCCAACGAUUAGUACCUCAAUUAUACUUGAUCUUGCCAUUUAUUUCCAGUGAAUCUAAGAUAUUAUUUUAGUUCAACUUUAAAACUUGAAAGUUCAUCGGCUCUAUCAAGGUAUUCUUCACUCUCACUAUUUUCAUCUUCACUCUCAUCAUCUUCACUCUCAUCAUCCUCAUUCCAUAAUCAACAACCAAAUUGGUUUACAGUUUAGGUACAAAGUUUACUGGCUACAGUUAACCAAAUGUUGAUAUCAAUCCCAUGAAAAACCAGCCAAUUUUUUUAGCAUCUCACUAAAUUAGUUUUCUUAGUAAACUGUAAUUAAUAAAUUAAGAUGACCACAAUUGUUAAUUAUUUAACACUAAUUUGCUUUGCAUCGUCCAUUGUUUCCUCUUGUAAUGUUGAAGUUAGUUUACCUCGGUUACCAACGCAUGAACGUGAAGGUGCACCUCGAGUAAAACCAUCAGUCGGAAAACUAAUACCAAGAUUAAUUCCUUCAUCAUCAGCAUCAUCACCUUCACCUUCACCGUCAUCAUCAUCUCCAUCGCCUCCUCUUUCAGCAGUGUCUUCGCCUACAAGUAAAUCCGUUGUCUGCUAUUAUGGUUCCUGGAGUGGUUAUUGGACAACAUCUGAUCAGCUUCCAAUUGAAAAUAUUGACACAAGUCUGUGUACUCAUUUAAUUUACACAUUUGCCGGUCUUGACAGUGACUCCAAGAUUAAAUCAAUUGACCCGUCAAUCGAUUUGGAUCAACCUGUGGGUAAAGCAGGUUAUCGCCGUUUCAAUGCACUCAAAAACUCCAAUCCUCAAUUGAAAACUUUGAUUGGUAUUGGCGGUUGGAAUGAAGGUUCUCUCCGUUAUUCAUCAAUGGCUUCCAAUUAUACAGCUCGGCGUAUCUUUGCUUCAUCGGUUGCUUCCUUCCUUGAAACACACAAAUUUGAUGGGAUCGACCUUGCUUGGGAAUAUCCUUCAGCUCGUGGCGGUAGUCCUCAAGAUAAACAAAGUUAUGUGGCUCUAUUACGUGAUUUGGUUGAAGUUUUGAAACCCAAAAAUUAUCUAAUCACAGCAUCCGUUUCAGCAAAUAAAUUGGUCAUUGAUAGUGGUUAUGAUGUUCCCAAAAUGGCAGAAUAUCUUGAUUUAAUUAAUGUGUUAGCAUUUGAUUUUCAUGGUGGAUGGGAAGGUAAAACUGGUCAUCACUCACCCUUAUUUGGUAAAUCAGCAGAUCAAGGGCUUGAUUCAAUUUUAAAUGUGAAUUAUACAAUUCAUUAUUGGCUUGAAAAAGGAGCACCUGUUAAUAAAUUAAUUCUUGGCUUGGCUACUUUUGGGAGAAGCUUUGCUAUUAAGAAUCCUGAUGAUUGCUUUAUUGGAGCUAAAGCUUUCAAGCCAAGUCAUAAUGAUACAAAUACACCUGAAAUAGGAUCGUAUGGUUUUAAUCAAAUAUGUUCAAUGCAGCGAAAUGCAAAGUGGAAUAUCCAAAGAGAUUCAAAUCUUCUUGCACCAUUUGCAUGUAAGGAUAAUCUGUUUAUUGGUUAUGAUGAUCGGGAUAGUUUCGCUUUAAAAUCUAGAUAUGCUAGAGUCCAUGGUCUUGCUGGGAUAGGAAUUUGGUCGAUUGAAAAUGAUGAUUUCACCGGAAAAUGUUUCUCUGAAGUCAAAUUUCCACUGAUUAAGUCUGCUGUAAACGAGCUUAGAGGAACAAAUAACUCAAUUCCAGUAUCAAAGUUACCACCAACAACAAGCGGGUCAACCAAUAAGCCUGAUAAUGGUUUGUGGAGUUCAACUACUGAUAGGCCAUGGUCAUGGACUUAUUCAACAGCUCCAACAAUUCAUCAUCAACACACAAGCUCGACUCCAUCAACAUGGUGGCCUCAACCUUCGUCAACAUCUUCACCUUCAACUUGGUGGCCUCAACCUUCUUCUUCCCUAUCAACAGCAUGGACAUCGUCCACAUCAAAUCCGUAUGCGACUUCUUCAACGGUAACCACAGCUCCAUCAGUCGGUAAGCCUUCCGGGGCAGUCUGCAAAUAUCCAGGAACUUUCAUUCACCCGACAGAUUGUCGUAAAUUUUAUCGUUGCGUACGCAUUUCAAUUGAAGAAAAGUAUAAGAUGUACGAAUACACAUGUCCUCCGAAUACAUUGUUUGAUGUCAAUAGCCGCAAUUGUUUAUGGGACUAUCUGGUCAAUGAUUGUAGGGAUGGAAAAAAUCGCAAAUAACAUGAAAAUAGUGAAAAAACCUAAUUUUGUGUCCGUCACAGUCAAAUUAUAAAUACUAAUAAAUGAAAAGUUUUAAAAUAAA